AUGGCUGAUGCUGAUGCUGGGCCAUCAAAACCACCAGUUUCGAAGACUCCUAAAGCAACAUACACUUAUGGCAACAAGGAGCUAGACGCUCCAGCCUACGCGGAAGCCCUGAAGAGUGCGAAAGCGAGAGGCAGUGCUUCCUGGUGGUCGUUUUUCACCGUGAUCUUGACAGAAGGAGUCGUGAAGCUGAAGUGCGCCAUUUGCGGCGAGGUGCUGGGUGCCAAAAAUCCGUCUGCAACAGCUCCCAACCAUCUUAAGAAGCACAGCAAGGCAGCAGGCAAGGCGCAGGCGCUGGCGUCACAGGAGGGCAGCGAGGCGGAGGGCGCCACACCUGCAGUGCCGUCCGGCGCGAAAAGGUCUCGCUCAUAUGACGGCACGCCCACUCCGUCCAUGCGGCUUUUCAUGCCAUCUGCCAACCAGCUAUACGUCUUCCUGAAGAAUCUGGCCUUGUUCUUCUACACCACCAACAUCGCCCUUCACCUUAUCGAGAACCCCUACCUCGUUCAGGCCUGCGCUGCCCUGGGGGUCACACUGCCCAGCCGCUGGAAACUAGCAACCACUAUGCUUGAUGAGGCGCACGCGGAAACAGUCUCUGAGGUUGAGAAAGAGUGUGCGGCUGGGGAGGGGCUUGCGUGUAUUGCCAGUGACUGUGUGUUGGGUGUUGCUUUGCAGACAAUUAGGACUGGACUCUUGGUUCAGGGCGCUGCUGUCGUGGGGGAACCAGACAGCAUCCAGCACGGUACUGACGGCAACGUGGCGCUACCAUCGUGCGGCCUGCGCGUUGGGCAGGUAGCGGAGCGCAAGUCGAUGGGUGAAAACCCUCGCCAUGUUACUCUUCCGCGAAAACGAGCGAAGACCAACCCAUCGGCGAAGGCGCCGUCAGAGGGUGAUGGCCCAGGCCGCGCCGAGCAGCAGGUGGACAUCGUGCCUGUCGGCAAAUGGUUUACAAGUGGGGGACUGGCGGGACUGAGUAUCCACCACAGCGGCCAGGAUGUCCCUGCCGAGCUGUUCGCUGCCCACGAUAUCACGCAAUCCCGCCGACUUCUGGACACCUUUGGUGUAGCCGUUAGGGUGUCAAAGGAGUUAGAGGAGCGCAUCAUGUCAUCCGGUGCUGCGGCAGCGGCGAUCGAGUUUGCAGAGCUGAUGGGCCAGGCUCUCUCUCGUGAGCCGCUGAGGGGCACGGAUAUGGGUUUUGCGCACGGUAAGAAUGGCGACGACCACGUCACUAUGACGAUCGGUGAAGGGGCACAGCGCUGGCAGGCGUUUCUGGAACGUCCCAAGGAGUCGUGGGGGCCACCGGUCGCCAAAGAGCGCAACGGCAAGGACCAGGAAUAUGAUGCCACCAGUGAUGAGGAGGAUGAGGAGGGCAAGGAGGGUGAUGCAGAGGACCUGGUGAAGCAUGAGGCCAGCCUUGACGAGGGCGAGGACGCCUUCAAGAAGUACACGCGCAGCCUAGAGUUGUACCGAGUGCUGCGGCCUUUCAGGAAGAAGGGGACGUCCUGGCUGAAUGAGGUGGCAUCAGGGUCGGGAGCUGGGGUGUCUCAGGUUACGGUGCUGGUGAACCACCCCGGCGGGCCGGGAGACUCGCCGGUCAGGAGUGAAACGUGUCGCACGGAGCUGACGCCCUGGGAAGCUGGCUUGGCUGGCUUCAUGCCAUUCACGCCAUGUGAAAUUCUCGUGGCCCCAUACAGCCAGCACGCUGUCAAGGGUUACGACGCCAUCAUGAAGAUUAACCCCCAGGCCGCCAAAGCUGCGGCCCUGUACGCUAUGCCGACGUACAAGAUGGUCCACAUGAAAAUGAAGCCAGGCCAGAUUGUGAUAAUUCACGGAAACACGGUGCAUGCGGAGGCCGAGGGUGCGUCUGUGCGUUACUGGAACUACCUGUACUGGGCUAUAGGGGGAGAGGUGCAAAUGUCGCCGCUGGGAAGCGGCUUAACAGUGGAGGAAACGAUAGACCUUUAUUGUGGGGAGGGAGAACAAAUUUUGCAAUGGAUUGGUUAUGCGGCUUGCUCCCGACUGGCGUACAAAAGAGGUGAGGUGUACGGCAGGUAUGUACCGCAGUCGGUGAACAACAAAGACGGGCAGCCAUUGGACGUGGACAUUGUUGUCAAUGAGAUGUUCAACGAUGGCGACGAGCUGUUCGUGGAGUUCAGCAACGGCCCCGUGCCGUAUAAAGUCAGGUGGGAGGGUCGGCCCCGCACUCCGCCCUUCCGUUGGGGCGACGGAGUGGAAGUGGUCCCACCACACGACACUUGGCUGCGAGAACUAGACCUCAAGGCUGAGGGCCUUGGGGCUCUGAUUGAGCCGGACCUGAUGCGUGCGGACGCGGCGGUGGCGGAGAAGGACCUGGAGAAGGUCAAGGCGCUGCUGGUGCAGUACGCGGGCGCUGUACAGAUGAUGUUCCUGCUUCAAUCUGCUGACGGGUCAACCAACAACACCACCAGCGGCGACCAGCUCGGGAACCUGACACUGCCGCAGUUCAGAUCUGCCAUGGCGGCUGACAAGGUCAUCACGCCCCGGUUCCCUCCGGAGAAGGUGGACGAGAUUUUUACGGGGGUGGCCACGGCGGAGACGACGCUGGCUAGGAAGGUUGAGGCCAAGUCAGGUGUGUCCACAUUCGACUUGCUGGACUUCAUGUUGGCGCUGGUGCACCUGGCGGCGCACCGCUACGCCGCGGAAAACCCUAGUCAGGCGGCGUACAACCACCUCAGCGUCAAGUUGCAACGGCGACUGGAGCGCUUCUCACCCGCACUCAACAACUCCAACGCCAUGUUGCUGCUGAGGAAGGGACGCAAGUGGGUACUGGUAGCACACGCGCGCGCACUGACGGAACAGACUCUAGACACCUGCCAGCUGAAGAGGACCCGGGGGGCCCCCGUGCGGGUUGACUUGCGCUGGCUGUGUAACCACCUAGCGAAGUGGGGCAUGCUGGGAAGGGAGUUCAACCUGCAGGAGCUGGCGCUGAUUGCCGUAUUCGCCAAGCAGCGCAGUACAGAUCCAGAGACCUUUGUACUGCAUCCGCAACCGCUGGAGUACGACUACGAUCAGUUUGAGCGGUUGUUGCUCGGUGCAGCUUGGACGACGUUCAACAACCGAAAGAAGGCGGCGCCGGGAGGUGGUGGAGGCGGUGGAGGCGGCGGCGCUGACGCCGGCGGCGGCUUUGAGGAGUUCCUCGGGGAGACGUUGGAUAAUGUGUAUAAGCGCGCUGGCGUACUCGUACCGGUUGCCGUACAUGAUGACGGCGAGGAUGAGGACGGGCACGCACGAGGAGGCAUCGCAUGCAGUAGCCAGCAAGAUCCCAAGGACGCACCUGUGAGCAGCGGCGACACAACCAUCCUCUUGGCGAUGGGAGACUUUAGGUUCUGCACCACGGCGACGGUCGUAAGCACUCAAGAGUUGAUCUACUCGGCGGACUCGUUGUCAGGAGCGGGCGGGUUCGGCCCAGCGGACGUUGUGGCGGGGACGCUUUGGGGGUUGUCGCUGUUCUUCGCAUCGCCGCUGCAGCAGCUCCUGCUGUUCUUGGGCAAGAUUGAGACGGAGCGACCCAGCGACUGGAUCAUCAUGCAGCUCGCGCGGGGUCCACUGGGCUUGAACAUCAUUGAUGUCAACGAGGCCCCCGCCUGGCUGUCGUACAUUGCUGCGGGGAUCUGCCUGGCGGCAGGACUGGCGAUCAGCUUCAGCCUUCAGGCAGGCCUAGGUGACAGCAUCUGGGCGCUUAGCACCGGAACUGGGGCGUGUCUGGCAGCUGGGGUAUACGAGGUGGGGCGACCCAGGAGACUCAGCCUGGAAGAGGCGCGGCAGCUAGAUCAACAAUGGCGAGAUUUCGUCACCUUUGCCGAGUCACGACUCGUUCGUUCGGGCCGUUGUCAUGAAAGCGAUGUGGCGGCGGCAUUCCGUCGGGAGCUGCCCCGGUACCGCUCGCGGGAGGCCCUUCCAGAUGCCGUACUGCGGGACCUAAUCCGUACCUGGCAUUCCGACGCGGACCGCACACCAAACGGGUACUACCGGAAUCUCUCCUUGUCACCUAGGAUCAACGCGUUCACAGGCAAGGUUGAGGGCGGCGGCGGCGCAGCUGCCGCCGCUACCGCUGCUGCGCCAGCUGCGACGGUGGCGACAUUAGCAGGAGGCGGUCCGCGCGACACCGCAUCGACGGCAUCAGACGGCGAUGUCGGAAAUCAGCGAUGA